AUGCGGUGGUUCCGGAAAGGCGAGCCGCCGCGGCUGCUCGCCGUGUCACCAGAAAGCGAACCUCGGACUACACGACCGUCUAGAAUAGAUUCGUCGCCAGUUGGCUACCUCAACCGUAAAAGCAGUAGCAGCUCGGUAGAAACGAACUUCUAUAACCUAAACGAUCAAGUUAUAACAGUGGAAAAAACUCCACACACGUGUCGAAAUGAGGAAACACCGAUCACAAGACGCAUAUCUUUGCAAAACAGUCCAACGUCGCUUCAGGAAAACAGUUCUAGUCGCAAGAACCGUGGGGGUUCUCUAGAAAAAGAAUACAUGGUUUAUCGAGAGAAACGCAAUCCACUACUCGAUAAAGUUAAAAACACGAAGCUUUCUUGUUUCAAGUCAACAGGAGCAUUCAGAUACGGUGACGACGCGACAUCAACUUCUGGGAGCGAGUGCAGCGGUUUCGGACACGUUGAAGAUAUUAAUCAAUGUCGUUUCGGAGACUCAUAUCCAGAACGUCACAUCGAAUUCGAGAAUCACAAUCCGUGGGUUAAAAUGCAACAUUACGAAGAUGAUGUAUUCUUUGCUAAGAGUCCCGUGGAGUGCAAUUGGCGUGAGGGUAAAUCGUUCACAAACCGCGGGACACGAUGCUACAGCUCAGGGUCUGAGUGCGACCGCUAUCAUGCUGUUCCAAAGACUGCCACUAAGCUAUCUAAAUCCAGUGAUCAAAUCUUUAACGAUGAUUAUGAAAUGUAUAAUGAAACCCCCGUCGUUACAAAACCAGAUAGAAAGACUGAUAAAUUUAAACAUAUAACUGAAAAAGACACCAUUGGGCCUAGUUCUUGUCUGUCAGCUAAACUCCGGGCUAUGUCUGACAGGUAUUUCAAAUCUUCAAAUAGACUUUUAUCUAAACUGUAUAGAAAUAAUGAAGAUACCAGUAGUUCCAUCGAGAACGGGCCUAAAUCUAGCAACAGUAGUAAAAGCCGUAAAAAGCGAGGCGGAGUGAAAGCGAAGUUGCGUAGUUUUUCCUACGGCGCUUUACCUGGACUAGAAGAGUUCCAAAAAAGCAAUAGCGCCGUGUUUCACGAUGACGUAUUCAAUGUUUCGUGUGACGACGAAAAUGUUCUAAUACAAGACUGCGAAGAUGCCGAUUCUGGUAUUUUAGUCAACGAAUCGGCUGCAUCCUCAAUAUUUGAUAAUGAUAGAAUACCACCUAGAUGCGAAAGUUCCGCAUCGCAAACGAAUUCUCAAAUUCCAUGUCACAGUAGAAGUGUAUCAGGUGAUCAUAGUUAUCCGAAAGUAAGAAUCUCUCACAGAAAAAGCAGAGAAAGAAGUGACGCUCCGAAGCCUAGGCCUAGAAACACCCAAAGAGCUCUAUCUUUAGAUCGGAAAGAAAUAUUAAGGCGAAUGCCUAAAAACUGUGAUAAUGAGGAACCUCAAUAUCUUCAGUUAACAGAGAAACAGAAGAUGCGUCAAAGAGAUGCUAGUCAAGGUGAUUGUGGUAUCCCCCCUAUACCGCCGUGUCGAAAGCCAACGAAGAGUGCAGUUAGAUCGCAAUCAGAGUUCAAAGUGGUUAAGAUCAUACGAAAUAGUCCAUGCGAUGAACUGGGUAUAUUCAUUGCCAAAACGAAGCUUUCUGAUGAAGGGCAUGUGGGUUACUUAGUAGCUCAUGUUGUUCCAGGUGGUUUGGCUGACAGGGAGGGCUCACUUCGAAUCGGUGACGAGUUGCUCAAUGUUAACGGUAGAAGACUUCGAGAUCUCACCAUGUCGGAAGCCAAAGAAGCACUAAGGUCUGGAGCGUCAGAGAUCGACAUAGUCAUUUGCAGACAGCGUGAGACACCAGAAAUAAGAAAGCGGGAACUGCCUCAAAAACCCGCUUCCCUAAUGCGGGAAAGCUCCGUCGACUAUGAGAAUGCAGUUAUAUUAGGGAAGGAAAGAAGCGGCGACAAAUAUGACGUAAGGAUAUCACGUCAGAGCCAAGAGGAAGCCGCCUGUAAUCGUAACGCGUUAUCAACAAACGGACCGGACAACGCCACGCAGUUACAUUUCCUAAAGGGACAGAACGCGAACUACAGCAGUAUGAACAACAAGCUCUUGCGCAGGCAGGUCGUGAGUUACGGUGGUGUGAAGGAAAAUCUGGUGUUAAGUUGUACUGGUGAUGUGGACGUUGACACGCCAGAUGGAACAGAACGCGAUGUCGAGAACGAGGAAGACAAUGGUAUACAGACAGCGAAUGCAGCUAACUUUUGCACUUUACCCCGUCGGCCGCGUGCGCCCACGCAUACAUAUCAUACGAUAACGUUCGAAAAGGGCCACGGAAAGAAACCUUUGGGGUUCACGAUCGUAGGGGGGAGGGAUUCCCCUCGAGGUCCCCUGGGCAUCUUUAUCAAAAGCAUUUUACCGCAAGGACAGGCGAUUGACGAUGGCCGUUUAAAAGCCGGAGAUGAAGUUCUUGCUGUGAAUGGUCAAGCGUGUCACGAGCUGGCUCAUAUCGAAGCGUUGGGGCUAUUCAAAGCAGUCAGAAGUGGUUCUAUAGAACUGAGGGUUUGCCGCAGGGUGAAAACAAACCAAUCCGCAAAGGCCAAAUCCUGCACAGACCUCCUAAACGACGACGAUUGA